CGCCAUGAUUGGUUGCUAGGAGACUAGUGGUGUCCAAGUUGCCGAGUUGAAGGGAAGAUUGUUGAAAAUGAGUAUAAACAGAGCCUGAAACGACAUCGCUUGAUCAAUUUCACAAGUUGAACAUACGAUUUUACUCACAGACUCUCCUCGGUAUAUGUUGUAAUGGUGAAGCUGAGGGCAAAGUGUCUGCUUUUUGGAGAUGCUGCGGUUGGGAAAAGUUCCCUUUCCCAUGUUUUCUACAGGGAUGGCAAUCUCUUCCAGAAGAACUAUAGCAUGACUACAGGCGUGGAGCUGCUGAUGAAGUCUGUCACCAUCCCAGAGUCCAGCGACAGUGUGGAGCUUUAUAUAUUGGACUCUGCAGGGAAGGAGGCACUGCUGGAGUCCUGUGAGAAAAUGUGGGGUGAACCUUCCUUGCUGUGUCUGGUUUUUGACUUAACCAAUGAGCAGUCUUUUGCCAACUGCAGCCGCUGGAUGGAGAGAGUGCAAGCACACUGCCAGGGUCUGCAUGUUCCAGGCGUCCUGGUGGGCAACAAGUUAGACUUAUCCGAUAGAAGAGAAGUACAGGAAUCCGAAGCUAAGGAAUGGGCCCAGAGCCAGGGCUUGGAGUAUCACGAGACAUCCGCUAAGGAGAUGAUAAACUGUGAUGCCCCGUUCCUCACUUUAGCUCGAGCUUUUCACGCCCUCUAUCAAGAGCGCUGUGAGACCAUCCAGAACCUCGGCCCCGGAUAGCUCCCGUCUGACUCAAGUACAAAAACCCCAACUUUCUGUCAGAUCGAGGCCGAACGAAACUCAAUGCAACACAUAAAGCAUGGGAAAAAACAAGAUUUUGUAUCACGCUCCCCUAACUGUAGAAGACCUUGUUCAGGAUGAUAUUUUAAUAUGACCUCAAAUAAAGGACUGUUUUUGUUGUAAUCAGCUUUGAGCAGCGCUCUUUUGUUCCCCUGAUGUGUGUUGAUAAGGAGGUUUGCUUUGGCACCGAUGGUGAUGCUGUUUAAUGUUUUCGCUCCAGCUCAUUGUCAUUUUCAAGCUUCAUCUGCAUUUUGUUUGGUUGCAUUAACAAUUUUG